AUUUGCAUAAUAACCUCAACUGAGGGUCAUAAAUAUUAUUGAAGUCUGUACCUCUCAGGAAACAACUAAACAUGCCAACUUAAACUCAAAUGAGUGAACACAAAGAUUUUGAGUCUGGUUCUGACAGUGAGGGGUUUUCCUGAAAACAUGACCUUAUCUUCAACAUUUAGUUGUUGAUAGAUAAAUUGGGUCAAAGAUCAUGAAUACACUGUGUAACCCAGUGAAAAUGUAAAGGAGGUGGUGUUAAAAUGAAUUUACAGGCAGCUUUAUCUUGUCUGCAUCUAUUUAAAAAAAGAAAACAGAGCAUGCAGUGAGCUCAUGGCUAAAGUUUCUAGUUGACUCCUAUUGGUCACUCCAUGCAUAUGUGGAAUUCUUGUUUGUCACUUUUUUUAAACUAAAUGAAAGCUACGUUGCUGUAAAGAUGUGAAGUGAAAGUGAGCACGUUCACUUUCUGAACGCAAUGUGGGAAAACACCCGAGUGCUUUAAUGUUGUCGAGGCAAAACAUGGCAGACUCAGGGAAAGGUUGAGAUAUUUUGGCUUCACAGUCUACAGGUGUGGCUACUCGUUAUCAGCAUCUUAAGUGAUCGGGUCACAAUGGAGGUGAAAUUAAUACAGCUAGUAUUGCUUUAAGUUAAAGUGCAGAGUCAUUUCAUAGACGUGACAGUGAUGUGCAACGCAAGGCAAAAAACAACCAAGUGACUAAGAGGAAAAAAAAGCAGGUCAAGUUGGUCCAAUUGGAUGUUGGACUUUAACCCCACACAACAUUUGAGAGUGUAGGAAGUCUCUACGCAGUGUUUGGAAACUGUUAAGCAAGAAGAAUGGGAGCAAACUUCCAAAGAAAGCAGUGAAGGCGGCACAGACUUAAAUAAACACUCUUACUGCUGUUAUUACAUCUUGUUACUGGAAGCUGCAAUUUAGGUCUGCGUAAACAAUCUUGGCGUUUUAGUCAUACCGAAUGAUUUUCAAAGGUUUCAGCUGUUUUCUACAUGAAGGUUAUUUCUGCUUUAAAUGUCACCUGAAAAGGUGAGAAAUGUAUUUCCUCCAAAGAGCUGCCUGUCAUCAGACACUUUCACAAUAAAAGUUUUUAGCCGUUGGUGUUGUGUUGACAAGAGGAAGUGUUGAGGGGAUUGGUUAGGACACCUGCUUUGAGCAACCAAAGGGCAGACACAUGAUAACUUCCUCCUCAAAAUUCCAGCUAACAGAGAAAGGCAUGUUGCUUUCAAAACCUCCUUUUUCUUUCAUAUGUAACCACCGGGUUUAAUGAGAGAGUGCGUUUUUGGAGAAGCAUGAAAGAGCACAGGGUUCUCCUUUUCUUUAUCGUGCAUGACUGGCUGUCUUGUGAGCGGAUGAGUGUGUGCAACUGAGUUGGCUGGUGCCUGGGGAAAAAAAAUCUUUGACAGUUCGAUCAUGACGACAGAAAGAAGCAGCAAAGCCCUGAAGGUGAAGCAGGAAUGUGGCGAGAAUGUGCCCAUGCUGUCGGACAGCGAGCUCAUGUCCCUCACAGUACGAGAGUUGAACCUCCACCUGCGCGGCCUCUCCCGUGAUGAGAUUCAAAAGCUAAAACAGCGGCGCCGUACUUUAAAGAACCGGGGCUACGCGGCCAGCUGCCGGGUCAAACGUGUCUCCCAGCGUGAGGCGCUGGAGCAGCAGAAAACGGAGCUGCAGAGGGAGGUGGACCGGCUCGGGGUGGAGAACGCGGGCAUGAGGAAAGAGCUGGAGGGGCUCGGCGCGCGUCUCGCCGCACUGCAGCGGUUCGCCAGGGGAUUAGAGGCCGGUGGAGGCCACCUACUGGCCACUGCCCCCCGCCUCAACACCGCCUCCGUCAUCACCAUCGUGAAGAGUCCACCACAGCAGCAGCAACAGAGAGAACAGGAGCCGUCCUAGAAGGAGCUGCUGGAACCAGACUGGGGGGGGGGAGCAUACAACCUGCAAUGCAAACACACGCAUAUACACACACACACCUGCAAACAUACAACACACACAAGCUGAGAACAGAAAGACGAUAUUAGUAGAAAAAUACUAAACCCCAGUUUAUGCUUCUAUCACCAAUUCUGAAGAAUAACAUGUGCAGGACUCAUUCAGACCUGUGUUGACAGAGGUGUGUGUGUGACAUCACCUAACAGACAACGACAGAGCGGAGUUUUCCAAAGCAAAGGCUAGAAACCGUUAAAAAGCAUCCAGACCAGUGGAGGUGUCCUCCACUUUAACACGCUGCAGCUUAGUCGACUGAAAUUUAAUUUAGUGUGUUUAGCUAUCAAAAAAAAUGUAGGAUUAUGUUGCAAAAGAUACAGCAUAUUUAAUGUGAACGAGUCGAGUCAUCACACAUAUAUACGUACACUCAUGCACAGAAACCUCACACUCAUCGCCCAGAUCCACACAAGAUGUACACAUGGACUAACCCGAACUCUGACUGAAGCCAGACCAGCUCCACCAGAGUUACUGCACUUCCUUACGCUACCGUCUCCCAGCAUGCAUCACUUAGGCCGGGGGGGGGGGAGGGGGGUGCGCUUCACCUCACCUCAUGACACCCGACCAACGGCAGAAUACCAGGUGGGUUGGAGUGGACGUUUUGAGCAGCCUCCUCCAGCUGUACAGUAUCUGCAUUCCUGGUACAGUUGUAGCUGCUGGUUGUUUCUUAUUUCCAGCACAGCUCAUGUGUUUCUGUUUCUGUGUCCCAAAGAGUGAGAGUCUCUUUUUUUAUUUUAGUCCUCAAUGAAGAGUUUCUCAACCUUGGUUUCACUUGAUGUGUUGGCAGGAUCGUGCGAGAUUUGAGUGACAUAUUAACAGCUCUGUUGUAGAAAUCAAAAAGGAAAUGAUCAAUUAAGAGCUUGUGGAAGAAGAAAUGAUCAUUCAGAAAAAAAGGUUGAGCUGCACUGCAUUUGUGAAUACCGACGAGCUUUCCUUUCCUCUCAUUGUAUUCUCUUACUUUUGGGUUUCACCUGUUGCCACUUCUCCCUCCCUCCAUCCAUGUUCAGGGAGAGCAGACGUGUACUGCUUGUGCACACAUUUCUCACAUCAAUGCAGUGCCUUCAGUGUAUUUUGGAGUAGCAAAAUUGCAAAACCUUACAGGAAGAAAAAAAAAAAGUUAAAAACAGACUGUAAUCACUCCUUCCCGACCGCACAUUUCUUCGUCUAGGAUCUCCGGAUUCUCCUUCUUUUUUUUUUUUUUUUUUUUUUUCUGCUGAGCUCCCUCAUUUCUCAUUUCACUACUGUGCAGUAACUUUGCUACAGUCUGCUAUGGCUUCCCCCUUUUUUCAUAUCUGCUAGACUUCCAACAACAGAUGUUGGUCAUUUUGCUAAAAAAGAAAGUGUAAAAGCAGAGUCCCAUCUGGUAGGAAUUACGCUUGAGGUUUCAAAGCAAAUCCUCUGCAUACAUUCCCGUUGUGUGUUCUUUUAUUUGUACCGUUUCUAUGUGCUGUUGAGAGACGAAGAUGUUGAGUGACAUUUAUCAGAGAUAUAUUCUAUAUUUUAUUUGUAUUUAAAGGUAGAUAUUAUGAGAAGACAAGCUAAUGAGUGCUGUGAUGUUCUAUAUGUUUUCAGAAGUACUUACUUAUGACUAGUCUGGGGAUAUUCUCUGUCUAAUUAUUGUGUUGUGUGGCGAUGAUGAUUACUUUACAAAAUGUUAAUUAUUAUUAUUAUUAUUAGCUAUGUAGAAAUAUGCUCAAAGCCAAUGGCCAUAUUGCUGUAUGAUGACUUUUGUGUGUGUGUGUGUUUUUUGCUAUGUCUGUCCUGGCUUGUCAUAGUGGAUUCUUGGAGGGAUUUUAUUUUUCUAUGAUGAUUUGUUAUGAUGUUAUUUGUCUGAAAAAAAACCAACAAGGUCACUUCUGAAUUGGCUGGGUGGGGUAGGACCACGAGGGUGUUAAAGGAAAAGUGGGAAGAAAGAUUGAGAUGGGGAAGAGGAAGAGGAGAGGAGAGGGUUCAAGAGUUGUUGAAUGAUGGAGAAAGAAAGUAGGAAAGGAAGACUUGGAGAGAGAGAGAGAGAGAGAGAGAGGUGGUGCUUUAUUCACUUGAAAACCGCCACCAGCCAAGGAGCAGCGGAGACGUGAUCUGACGGGCCUGUUGUCAUGGAGUCCGGGCCACUGAAUAGUGCUAGCAAUAUCAUUUCUAAAGCAGGCAUUGUAACUCAUUAGACCGUGUCGACAAAUAAACUCCUAAAGAUAUGAGGCAUAUAUUUAGCUAUAUGAGUAUCAGUGUGGCAAAAGCAUUUAUUCUCGAUAUUUUAACGUCUCACUUCUGUCAAACUGUGCUGGAUGUUUUGUAAUACUCGCAAAACAAAAAUGUUUUUUGUAUUUAUUACUUGUAUUUUUUCUAUUGUGAAAAUUUAAGUACAUUGUCUAUUUUAUAUAUUAAUUAUAAUAAAUGUUGUACAUAUUGUACAUAA